GUUAUUGGAGCGGUGUUUAGUGUGGACGGUGUAGAAUCGACUGGUAAAAGUGGUAAAAUCUGAUUUUAUAAAGGGUGCUGGGAAAUCAAGAGGUUCCGAGAGAAAAUUUAUACGAAACCGAUUGCAAUUGGCAUCGAAACGGGCACGGAUUUUGAAAAGGCUUGGUUCUAUGGGUUUGGCAAUAAACUGGAUGGAAUGGUUGGUAGAAGGUUUUAAUUUGAAUUGGAUUCUUUGGGUUUGGCUUUGA